AUGGGAACCUCCUACCCCUUACCUCCAGUUGGACCUCCUCAACCACCUCCGCCGCCUCCACCAUUUGGAUACGGCCCACCCGGAUCUCCAGGACCUCCAGGACCACCUGGACAACAGAACCAGCACCCACGAGAUGAUGACGCCCGAUUGAUUCAUGAAGCAGUUAAUCGUGAAUUGAAAUUCAAGAUCAAGAAACUGCACGAAUUCGAUGGAUCGAAGCGGGACAAAUUUUGA